AUGCAAAAUUUCCAUGACUUCUUGAAUAAAUUGAGAAAUUACUAAGAAAUAGACAUUCCUUGUUAUUAUAGAAAUCAAUUUAAAACCAAGGAAAGCCUAAUCAAUCCUAAUUUUUAUGAAAUUUCAGAAAAGCUUUUAACCCAAAAUUACCACAAAUUAAAUAAAAAAUGGGACUAAUAGUGUAAAUAGUCAUUCAUUUUGGCUAUGAUCAAGUAUUUUCAGAUGAAAAAUAAAAAAACUAUCAAUCCCACAUCUGAAGAAUGGAAAGAAUUAACAAGUAUUUUCGGAUAAGAGGAAUAAACCUUAAAAUAAAGAUGGAUAACAUUAAUAACCCCAAUGGCCAAAAGUCUAAUUUGGGAAAAAGAAGAGGACGACAUCAUAAAGUCAUAGAUGAAUGUUAAGCAAGGGAAACAUAUAUGGACUGAAAUAGCAUUGGAAUUAUAUAAUCACAACAAUGGUCUCUACGUUAGAACUCCAAAACAAGUCAGAGAAAGGUGGAUGAAUUAUUUAAAUCCUAUUUUGAAAAAGUCAAGCUGGACAGAUAGAGAAGAUCAUUAAUUAUUAUCUUUAGCAAUUGAGAAUGGCAAAAGGUGGUCGAUGAUCUCAAAAUAUUUAGAUGGUAGAACCGAAAAUUAAGUGAAAAAUAGAUAUAAAAGUUUACUUCAUAGAAUAUAUUAAGAAUAAGAUGAUGAUGAUAUUGAUGAACUUAUUGCAGUUAAGUAAUAUAUCUCAAAAAGACCACUAAGGAGCCCAGAUCAUAAAAGCAAAUAAGACAGUAAUUUAAUGGAAACUUCUAAAGACAAAAUUCAGAAAACCAUCCCUCAUAAAGAGGAAAAAUAAGAAUUGAAGGAAGAUAUUCUUAUUUAAUCAAAAAAAGUUAAAAUUGAUACUGAAAAACUUGACUAGAAUGCAAUAAACUAAGAAAAUCAAUAUAUCUACUUACUUUAAUAAGUCAAGAAUUAAUUUUGCUAUUCAACCUAAGGAAAUUGUGAUACAUAAAGCUUAGGGAAUAGGAGCAGUUUAUCUGAUUUUAAUUAUCUUGGAAGCUUUAAGGUGCAAGAAAUUAACAACAGCUGUAAUGAGUAAAAUAAAAUCUCAACUUAAAUAUUUUCUGACUCAUUCUAAAAUUUAGAAUAACCUUAAUUAAGCUUAUCGAACAGUAAAAUAAAAGAACAGACUAAUGAGUAAGACUCAAACAAUGUUUAUUAAUCAAUUGGUGUUGGGAUUAAUGUGCAUUAGUGUUGUAAAGAUUAAUUUCCUAAUCUAUUUGAAUUCAAUCAAUCAGCAUCUAUUGUCCAUACUCCUUUAUAUUUUAAUAAUUCUUAGUCUAUAGGAAAAUCUCCUCUUCUGAGUCCAUUGCAAUCUCCAUAAUUAUGUAUUUAUUAAUAAGAACUAAUUUUGGAACAAGAUCAAUCGGAUAACCAAUUUUAGUUUUUAAAUAAAAGUGAUCUGAUUUCAAAAUGGAAAAAUAAGAGAAAAUGUGAAUUGCAAAAUACCAAUGAUUGA